GUCAGGACCGGUUAGAUAUCAGCAGUCCAAAGUACACUUUGGUUUCAUGACUCUCAUAUUUGAUGACAAUUCUAAAAUUAAGCAGCUAUUCUUAUAAUUCUUGGCUGCACCGAUUAUAAUAAACCACACCCAAAUCACUUAAAAACUAAAUACAAAAUAAUUGUUUGGUGUGAGUGACAUAGUUUAAAGUUAAGACAAUAAGUAAUAUAAUGAAAAAAUAUCUUCGAACAACCAACUUCUCAAUCUUUAAGUUUUAUACAAAGCCUUGAAGUAGUUACAGUAGCUAGAAAAAUAUUUUGUACUACAAAAGAAAAAAAUUACAUCUAUUAUUAUUUAAACUGAAGGUAGAAACUAAGAAUGAGUGAUGUACUAUUUGGUGGAAUUGAAGGAGGUGCUUCAGUUUCCACUGUUGUUAUCACUAAUGGAAAAGGAGAUAUUUUGGCAGAAAUUUUAGGAGAAGGCACUAAUCCUUGGACAUUAGGAAUUAAAUCUUGUUUGUCGCGUGUGAAUGAUUUAAUCAAAGAAGCAAUAAAAAAAGCAAAUCUGGAUGUCAAUACUAAAUUAAACGGGUUGGGUUUGUGUUUAAGUGGCUGUGAAGAUGUAAUAUUUUGUGAACAAAUUGAAACUGAUUUAAAAAAACUUUAUCCUCAAUUAGCCGAAAUUAUAAGUGUUGCUAGUGAUACAUUAGCUCCAAUCGCACUUGCUUGUCAAUCAGGAGGAGCAGUUAUUAUAUCUGGAACAGGUUCUAAUGGAUUUUUAUUGAAUCCUGAUUUCACUACAAAAAGAUGUGGAGGCAAUGGUCAUCUACUUGGAGAUGAAGGAAGUGCAUAUUGGAUUGCACACAAAAGUAUAAAAAUUUGUUUAGAUCAUAUAGAAGAAUAUAGUUUUGCACCAAAUAAUUAUUCAAUUGAUAGAGUAUGGGAAUCAAUUAAAAGUUAUUUGCAAAUAGAAGCAGUAGUUGAUCUUAUUAGUGUAUUUUAUGGAGAAAAAAAAUCAAAAUCAAAAAUAGCUGGUUUGUGUAAAAUUAUUGCAGACUUGGCUAUUAAAGGUGAUAAAUUAAGUAUAUGGAUUUUUAAUGAAGCUGGUAAAGAGUUAGCUAAAUUAUUACAAGCAAUUUAUCCUAGUGCUCAUAAAAUGUUACAUAAUGAAAAUGGAGGAUUACAUGUAGUUUGUGUUGGUUCUGUGUGGAAAAGUUGGGAUUUGCUCAAAAAUGGUUUUAUUGAACAACUUCAAAGCAAUUCAGAUAAAAAAAUUGUAAAAGAAUUUACUUUAAUUUUACUAAAUAAAACUGUAGCUUUAGGUGGUAUAUACCUAAUUGCAAAGAAAUUAAACUAUGAUUUUCCAUUUGAUUAUGAACAUAAUUAUAAAACAUUAUUUCAUUAUGUGCAUGAUGAAAAAUUAAAAUAGUUAACUUUAUUUUGCGUAAUUUGAGCUUAAUUUAUUCCAUGUUGUAAACUAAAAUAUUUAUAUUUUUGUAUCGAGUACUAUUAUUCUUUAAUUAUUUAUUGAACUAAUGUAUAUUUAUAUUAUAUUAUUAGUACUAUAUUAUAUUGUUAGUAUUUAUAUUAUAAUGAUUUAUCAUUUCAUAAAAUAUAUAA